UGAACUACACCACAUUUAGGCUUAGUAACAAUAGUUGAAGAAUAUUAUAAAAUGGCUAAAAAUACAGCUGGGUUUGGGUUUCGAAAAAUUGAUGUGGACCAAUAUAAUGAAGAUUUGUAUAAAGAUGAAGAAGGAAGUGAAGCACCAUCACCCCCAGCAGGACCUGAUGAACACGAGAUUAUGUCAUAUUUGAAUCAAGGCAAAAACAUUGAUGCUUUGAAAGUUGUUUUACGAACAGCUCCUAUUGGGUCAAAAAAUCCUAGUGUAAAGGAUGCAGCUUUCACUCUAGUCAUGAAAGUCCUUCUGGCUGUCAAAACUAGUGAGAUGGAAAAAGCUGUGAACUGCUUAGAUAGGGAACUGGUAGAUAUAUUAAUGAAGUACAUAUACCGAGGAUUUGAGUGUCCAUCAGAAGGUAGCAGUGCCCAUCUUUUAGCCUGGCAUGAGAAGGCAUAUGCUACAGGAGGGGUCGGCUCAAUUGUAAGAGUGUUGACCGAUAGGAAAAAAGUGUAGCUUUAUGGAAAGCAAGAUUAUUUAGGGUAGUUCUUAGAUCUAGAAGUAAGAACCUAUAAAAACAAAAGUUGUGUGUGUCAUUAUAUAUUAUUUGGAUGAGUGAUUGAAAGAAAAACAAAAUCCCAAUAUUAAAAGUGGCAUUUACUAUAAUGAAAAGAUCUCAAUUUUUGUCCGAGCACUUCAAAUGAAAUGUGUACCCAAUUUGUAAAUCUGUAAUUUUUGGGGGGAGCUAAAUUACCAUUGAUUUUUGAAUUUUUUUUAGGUUUUACAAAUAAAGCCCCAGUCCAUUACCAUAAUUGUAGAUUACAUUUAUCUUUACACAAUAGUUUUUAGACUUUUACGAAUGCUAAUAAAGUUGUUUUCGUUUUUUUAUCUUUAUAUUUUACUGAAAAAUGUGUUAUCACAGAGUCAAGGCUCCUGUAGUUUAAAAAACGUCCGUAUUUAAUUUUUGAUAAUAGAUCUGAAAAUGAGUAUCUCAAUUUUGUUUUUUUACGUUAAAGUGAGUAAGAAGUAUACCUACGUAUUUAAUUAAAUUUGUUUGUUUUCAGUAAGCAGAUAUAAAUGUGUGAUGUAGUGUAGCUAGUUUGUUAAGCAUUUUAAGCUGUAUCCUAAAAAAUAAUAUAAUGUUUAGUGUAUUGUUCAUGUACAGUUUGCUUGCUUAAUGACGUAUAAUUGUGACAAUCAGUUGAAAAGCGUAACAGAGGAAAUUAAUACCUUUGGUGACGUCCAGUGAUAUUUUUCUGAAAUCCUACAGAUAUUUUUUUUUCCUCCAUAAUUCUAGUGUAGAGGUAGUAUAUAUGGCACUGAAUUAGUCCAGCAUAAUUGAGUCCACAAAUAACAUCUACGAAGUUUCAAAGUACUUGCUUCAUUUUGAUUUGAUGAGAUUUGUCCAUUUUUUUUUUAUUGGUUAAAAUAUUUUAUAGUCGUAUAUUUUCAUUCAAGUUAUACUGUUUAAUACCAUCCAGCGUAUUCAAUCAUCCAAAGCAGCUCGACUUGAAGAGAGUAUUAGUAGGCCAAGAUGGUUGUUGGAAACGUUUUUAUGAAAAUAAAACAGUUUUUAAAGAAUUAAAUGCAA